UAUUACCAACUAUUACUGCAUCGAAGUUUAUAGUUUACAAAAUGAUGGCUGGGUGUGAUUAUGAAAAUUCGAUACGUCUCUGAAAAUGUAAUCGUUACAGUUAUUAACCGAUUAUAUUUACCACUACAGUAUAUUUAACUAAACUCCAAUAAGUUAUAUAAAUAAUAUAUGCAAGUUCUUCGCGUAGAAAAAGAAAACUAUAUACACAGAUAUGAUAGAUCAAGGAGUAAUCGCAAUGUGUUUCACGGCCUGCUUGGCUAUAGUAUUUCAUUUUUCAUUGCAUCGUAUCGAAGAGGGACAUGUUGGAGUUUAUUUCCGAGGUGGCGCCCUGUUACCUCAGGUCAGUAAUCCAGGAUUUCAUAUGAUGAUUCCGCUGUUAACAACUUUUCGUUCCGUUCAAGUCACUUUACAAACGGAUGAAGUGAAAAAUGUUCCUUGCGGUACAAGCGGUGGAGUUAUGAUCUACUUUGAUCGUAUAGAAGUUGUCAAUAUAUUAGAUGCCAAUAGUGUGUAUAAUAUGGUAAGAAACUAUACCGCAGAUUAUGAUCGAACUUUGAUUUUCAACAAAGUUCAUCAUGAACUAAAUCAAUUUUGUUCGGUACACUCGUUACACGAGGUAUACAUAGAUCUGUUCGAUCAGAUAGAUGAAAAUUUGAAAAAUGCAUUACAACAAGACCUGAAUGAAUUAGCACCUGGUUUAAAUAUUCAAGCAGUAAGAGUUACAAAGCCUAAAAUACCAGAAACGAUUAGAAAAAAUUAUGAGCUAAUGGAAGCUGAAAAAACAAAACUGUUGAUUUCCACACAGCAUCAGAAGGUGGUAGAAAAGGAUGCAGAAACCGAGCGCAAGAAAGCCAUUAUUGAAGCUGAAAAAGAAGCGCUAGUCGCUAAAAUCCAGUAUAAUCAGAAAAUCAUGGAAAAGGAGUCGUUGCAACGAAUAGCAGCCAUCGAGGACGAAAUGCACUUAGCGCGCGAGAAAAGUCGCUCCGAUGCUGAUUAUUAUCAAAUGAAAAAACAAGCCGAAGCAAACAUGUUACUGCUCUCUAAAGAAUUUUUGGAAUUGAAGAAAUACGAGUCAUUAGCUCAAAAUGCUAAGGUGUACUUCGGGCAAGAUAUUCCAAAAAUGUUUACGUAUGGUGGCUGUGCACACGUUGAUUCUCUAGGUUUAAAUGUAAAAUCUGUAGACAACAGUCGCACACACGAUUCUCCUUCCAUUGCAGCAGAAGUGAAUCAAUAACACUUUUGUAUUACAAUAUCAUGUCAUCCAUCGAUAAUUCAUUCAAGAGAACAUAAUCGGUGUAAAUCAGUGUAAAAUGUCCGAACUUAUGUACACCAUUAGUAAAUGUCAGGAAGCCACUGCAUUUUAUAAAGCAUUAAUUUUUGCUACUUUCUCCUAAAUUGUAUCGUUCUAUCCACCGAUGUGUAAAACAGUCGGCAGAUCUCAAAAGACAGAUAUUUUGCUACAAAUGAAGAUUUAUUCAUAUUAUCGUUGUUACGUAAAUAUAAGUAUAUUGUGCGUCACUAUUUGAAGCAUGUACUUUAAUGUAAUUUAUUGUUACAUAAUAUAUGAACAUCGUACUCAUUGCGUCAGCAACGAGGAAAACUUAA